AUGGAUGCAUCCACUCCUAAUACCAUGGAGCUUACAAUCCACCACCAUGGCACUCCUCACACCUACCACCUCUCCCCCGACGCAACCCUCCAAGACCUCUCAGCAACACUAUCCUCAACCCUUCACAUCCCAACGGAAAACCAGAAACUCCUCAUCGCCCCGAAACCAGGCAUGCAGAAACAUCCCUUCCCACCAACCAAACUCGACUCUAUCCUCCAGCUCGACUCCCCCAAGUUCAAAAUCACCCUCCUCGGCACUCCAACAAAGGAAAUCGAGAAUCUAAACGCCGAAGGCGAGAAUACAAAACGAAAACUCGAGGCGCGCGCAGCCGCAAGACUUUCUUCAGCCGCAAAACCAACACCUACGCGCCGGACGGGUGGGAUACAUACACUCGGCGAUUCGAAGGAGUCGUAUACAUUCCAUCGCCUGUUACCGCUGUCUUACCUGCCGAAUCCGGACCGCUCGUUACAGUUUCUCGCGCGACUUCGUGAUGAUCCUGGUAUUCGCGCGGCGAUGGCAAAGCACCGCUUCUCCGUGCCGUUGUUAACAGAGAUGAACCCCGCCGAGCAUACAACCUCGGAGUCGCGGACGUUAGGCCUUAACCGCAAUAAAGGUGAGGUUAUUGAACUGCGGCUUCGGACGGAUGCGUACGAUGGCUAUCGUGAUUACCGGACGAUAAGGAAAACACUGUGCCAUGAACUUGCGCAUUGUGUGUUCAGUGAGCAUGAUCGGGAUUUCUGGAAUUUGACGGGGCAGAUUGAGAAGGAGGUUGAGAGGGGAGAUUGGAAGCAUGGAGGGCGGAGUGUUAGUGGGGAGGAGUUUUAUAAUCCCGGGGACUGGGAGGGGGUUCAGGAGAGUGGGUUGGUUGUUGAUGAGAAGGGGUGGACUGGGGGGAGUUUUGUGCUGGGCGGAUUGAGGGAGGAUGCUGUUGGUAGUGCUAACAGUGCUGCUGGUGGUGCGAGGUCAGUUGGAGUUGAGGGGAGGAGGGAGGUGUUGGCGAGAGCUGCGGAGGAGAGAAUGCGACGAGAGAAAGAGCAGGGGAAGAAAGAGAAUUGA